AUGCGUCUUUUCGCAAUCAUAUCGACUGCUAUUUUAGCAACGCCAGUAUGGAGUUGGGGUAGUGAAGGGCAUAAAAUCACCGCAACGAUUGCACAGAUUCACCUUUUACCAUCCGCACGCGAAGCUGUAUGCUCCAUUUUAAAACAAAACUUGACCACCUGCAACCUCGCAAGUGUAGCGUCAUGGCCGGACGAGAUAAAAAAAGACAAGAAAUUAAGUGAUAAGUGGAAAUGGUCUUUUGGUCUUCAUUUUGUGAAUGGAGUCGAUGAUAACCCACCCAAAGAUUGUUCAUUUGGUACCAAGGGUUGGACAUCCCCCAAUAAUAUUCUCACGGCUACGGUAAACAUGACUCGUAACAUUCAGCCUUCGUCCUCCGUUGAUCGAGACAUUUCACUACGUUUCUUGACCCAUUUCCUUGGAGAUAUCCAUCAGCCCUUCCAUGGAGCUGGACUUUUUAAGGGGGCUAAUAAUAUACCCGUGCUUUAUGGUGAUAAUAAAACCAACGUGCACGCCGUAUGGGACGAUUUCCUAAUCCUAAAACGGAUCAAUUUGCUCACAAAUUACACAAGCCCAUUGCCAACGAACCUCAAUUUGACUCUUUCUCCAUCGGUUCUAGCGCUUAAUAGACGUAUCGAAUCGGCACUCACUGGCUCCAACUAUGACCCCCUUGUCCGAUGGAUUGUAUUGGAAGGAAUCUACGGAUGGCGGGCGUGGAUUAGCCAGCUGGUCCUCGGAUUUGAACCUCCAUUCGAGGACCCGACUGACUUGCCUGUGUGCCCUUAUUACUGGGCUACACCAACCCAUGAAAUGUUGUGUGGAUUCAUUUGGCGUCCCGAUUUCAAAGGCGUGGAGGACAUGAAAGACGCGGAAUAUACAGUGCAACUCAAUGGAACGGAAUACACUGGCCGCAUUCAUGAUGAAAAACUAGUCGAGAAGCAACUUGCGCUUGGCGGAAUACGUUUAGCUGGAAUAAUAAAUGAAGUUCUCGCAACUGAGGAUGAAAAGCUCGAAUUCGGCGUUUUACCAAGCCUCUCUGCGUCGUAG